CAGCGAUAUGGCUGAUCAUCACCGGACGGGACGGUGUUGUUGUCAGCUAAAGCAAAACAAAUCAUGCACUACAGCCGGUCAACAAUGCACUUACUGAGCCAGCGGGACAUUGCAACACACCGCAUAACACAGGGAUAAGACUUAUCAGCGGUUCAUAAGGUAUCUAUUGUGUUUUCUGGCCAACUAGUUGGAGGAACUUGUCGCAGUGGAUUCGUACCAACGUGCUGGAUUACCACACACAAGUGGAACAAUAGUCGCUCGCAGCAGAAACACUUAAGCAGGCCUGUGGGCCCCCGGUGGUGCUGCUGAGAAGAUGGACAGGAUGAAGAUAAUCAAGCGGAGGCUGUCCAUGUCUCUACGCAGCGCUCGGCCCGUCGACGACUCCCUGUCCGAGCUGGCUGAACAGAUGGCCCUGGACGAGUCGUCAGCAGCCAGGGACAAUGAGCCUGUGGUGGUGUGUGCCGUGCACCCCCCUGCCUCCCACAGUGCCCCUUCCUUCCUGCGUCAGUACGCUGGUCAGCUGGGCCGCACCGCCUUACGCAGAGAGCCUGGUGGGGGGCUGGAGCGAGACAGACACUACCUCAGCCUGCACAGGACCGGAUCCCUGGGUAUCGUCCAUGAGAAUGUGAAGAUGGGUUCAGAUGGGGAGAGUGAUCAGGCAUCUGGGACGUCCUCCGAUGAGGUCCAGAGUCCGGUCAGGGUCCGCAUGAGGAACAACCACCACCGACGCAUCUCCAACGAGGACAUAAACAAACGUCUGUCUCUCCCAGCUGACAUCAGGCUACCGGAGGGCUACUUGGAAAAGUUUGCCAUGAACAGCCCACCCUUCGACAAACCCAUGAGCCGCAGGCUACGACGCGCUUCAUUGUCUGAAAUCGGCUUUGGGAAACUUGAGACCUACAUCAAACUGGACAAACUAGGGGAGGGGACUUACGCCACAGUGUUCAAGGGACGCAGCAAGUUAACGGACAACCUGGUAGCCCUGAAGGAGAUCCGGCUGGAGCACGAGGAGGGUGCGCCCUGCACAGCUAUCCGAGAAGUGUCUCUGCUGAAGGACUUGAAGCACGCCAACAUUGUCACCCUCCAUGACAUUAUCCACACUGACAAGUGCCUGACACUCGUGUUUGAGUACCUGGAAAAAGAUCUGAAGCAGUACAUGGAUGACUGUGGGAGUAUUAUGAGUGUUCACAAUGUGAAGAUCUUCCUCUUCCAGUUGUUGCGGGGUCUUGCCUACUGCCACAGAAGGAAGGUCCUCCACAGAGACCUCAAACCCCAGAACCUCCUCAUCAACGAAAAGGGAGAGCUCAAACUGGCAGACUUUGGUUUGGCCCGAGCCAAGUCUGUCCCGACUAAGACCUACUCCAAUGAAGUAGUGACAUUAUGGUACCGGCCACCAGAUGUGCUGCUGGGCUCCACUGAGUACUCUACACCCAUUGACAUGUGGGGUGUUGGUUGUAUCUUUUAUGAAAUGAUCACAGGCAGACCUCUCUUCCCUGGAUCAACUGUGGAGGAUGAGCUGCACCUCAUAUUCCGCAUCCUUGGCACACCUACAGAAGAAACGUGGCCAGGCAUUACCACCAGUGAAGAGUUUAAGACGUACAAUUUCCCCCGAUACCAUGCAGAGCCCCUUGUCAAUCAUGCACCCAGGAUAGACAAUGAUGGCCAUGACUUGCUCUCACUGCUUCUACAGUUUGAGGCAAAGAAGCGUGUAUCAGCUGAAGACGCACUCAGACACCCGUAUUUCAGAAGUCUUGGGGAGCAGGUUCAAACUCUGGCUGACACCGCAUCUAUCUUCUCAGUAAAGGACAUUCAGCUCCAGAAAGACCCAGGGAAGAGGUCCUCGGUCUACCCAGAGACGGCGAUGGCCCAUAAGCUAGGCUCCGCCCCCUCGCAGUACUUCCAGAGAGAAGCAGCCAAUCCCAGGGCUCAGAGUCACACUCUCUCCUCCCCUUCCACAGGCUGAGUGGCCCCUACCAUUCUGCCCAGGGGAAGAGUAGGAGGCAGAGUGUGUUGUUUUAGUGUUGGCGGGGGCGCUGAGCUGAGGAGGACAGUGACACGCACGGAGCUGUCCUGUCAGACAUACAUUCACUGACCCUGCCACACACACUGAAGGAGAGACACACACACCCUGCCACACAUAUGUCGAAGGAGAGAAAAACAUAUACACACACACAAACACACACACACACACACUGCAAAACGGAGGAAAAAAAACCCCACACAGAAUUAAGACUGAAGAAUUUGUACUUGAGAAGACAACAACAACUCAACUCUAAAGACAAGUAUAAAAAAGAAUGAGAAAAGAACACUGAGACAAGGAUUCAAGAAAGGAGGACAAGUUUCCUCUUUGCUGCUACUACUACUGCUGUCCAGAAGAGGGCGGCGAGCUGAAUUGGUUUGAACUGAACUUGCUGUAUCAGUGAGCUGCGAGGAAGACGGGGAGCUGCUGUAGCCCCCUCAGGAGUGGAAGUGGGCAUGUUUUUAUAAGGAAGGGGAGAAGGAGGGAUGCUCUCACUCUCUCUUGUCCUUCUCUUUGAUGGACUGUUGUACAUAAGAGACUGAGCUGUAGAACUCUGCUUUUUCAUAACACGCCUCAGCCUGAAUCCAAACUCUGAAUAUUGCACCUCAACCCUAAACCCUCGCCUAACCUCUUGGCCCUUUACAUGAUGAACAGACACUCUCUCUCUCUCUGUCCCUCUCUCUGUUUCUCUCUAUCUCUCUCUCUUUCUCUCUCUCUCUCUCACACACACACACACACCUACUUGUUCACUUGAACGCGAUGGUGUGCAGAUCAUUGGAGUUUACAGAGAUAAACUUUAGCACCUUAUUGUCCAAUAGAGGUCAGGGUGGCUGUCAUUACUUUACCUCAUCAGUCACUCAGGCAGAGUAGGAUGCGAAGUACACGCUAGAUUACAAUACAUACCUAACUAACCAUAGGAAAAUCUACACAAGUAUUUAAUUCACUGAUCAAAUUGGCCGCUUCACUACUACAAUACCACACAAAGUACACUCUGCAAUUCACAAAACAGUGGUAAACAAUGACUGCAUUUGUCACUUGCUCACAUGCUGUAAAGAACACCACGCUGCAAGAUGCUCCUGGUUCAGUACGCAAGGAUAGUUAGAGGUAAAGGAAAGUGUACAAAAACUCACCUGCUCAUUCUUAGACACCCCCUUCCUCUUUUGCCUUGACUCAGAAGUUGUCUUGAUUUGUUGUGUGCUGUUGCAUUGGUGUACAAGUGUUGACAAUGAAAUGUUCUCUUUGCACCUGAUUUUACCUCUUUACAUCAUGAUUAGUCCACUCCACAGCCCUUCCCUCCCUGUUUACCCCACAUGCAUAUAUUUUUACUCUUUUUUUUUUUUAAUUAAAUCUGUAUAUAUGAUCAUUCUUUUUACUUGUCAGAAGCAAUGAUAUCCCAGAAUGCCAUUCUCGGUCUUAAUCUGUGUUCCCAAGGGAACAGCUGGCGACUGACUGGGGACGUGUUGCACAUUCCUUGAGCUCAGGACUUAUCGGUAGUGUACUUUUGUGGACGCUGCGAGCUGCAGCAAGUCUUGUAUGUCUCCCUGGUAGAGCAGAGUAUGUUGAACAUGGUUGAGUCCUUUUGCAAGGCUGGUUCAGACUGUAUGUGAAUAAUAAUUAUAAUAAUGAUAAUAAUAAUUUGCAGAAUCACCCUGUCAGAUUGUGUGUUUGUCAUUCUCUGUUAAUUUGACCAUAAUGUUACUGUUCAGAAAACACCUUACCCAUGUCUUUAUUUGUCAUCUCUUUGAGCAUGUUUGUCCUAAAAAAACAAAACAAAACAAAACAAUGUUUUCAGUUGGUAUGUGAAAUAGCUGCUGCCGAGUAAGGGCACACUGGAAGAGUAAAAGGAAUGCUUCCUAUUGAUACGAAUCUGAAAUGUGACCUUUUUACAUGACUCUUGCAUCAAACACCACAUUGCCCCAUAGUGGCUGAGAUGAGCACUAACAACAUCCAAUGACUGUUCAUUGAAUAAAGUGAAGACAAUGACAACAUAGUAAUCAACUUUCUUUACGUAUGUGCUGCCAGUGUUGGGACCAGACAAGAUGUGUGACAAAAUCUGACUUUGAAUCAUCAGUCAAGGCAAAGUAAAGCAAAAAAAAACAACAACACUUGUUUAGUCUUUCUAACUGGGCACUGUAGUCUUUGGAUAUUUAGCACCACUUUCAGCUCUCCUGCACACUGUUGAUUCAUGCUGUGGUUGUUACAGGCUGCCAGAAACGACAGGACCAAAGCGUUGUUAAAGAGCCAAGUAUCAAGUGCUCAAGCACACAACUGUUUCACACACCAAUCAAUCAACAUGUCAACAUGUACUGUAUCUAUGACAUGGAUAGUAGGUGUAGAAUGGAGUUUCUCUUCCUCAGACACAGACCUGCAGUCACUUUUGCAUCUGUCCACUGAAUCGAUUGGGAGAUGGUGAAGUGAUGCCACGUCGGUGUCUGUCAGAAGGACUACUUAUUUACCCAGAGUGUGUCAGUAUGUAGCGUGUACAUAGAUCCCUCACUCUGUAUAUACAAAAGUGUACAGGUUUGAUACAGCUAUUCACAUUCUGGUGUUUUUUUCUUCUUUCCUUUAAUUAAUGAAAGUCAUAGCAAUAUUUCUGUAAUCAGUAAAGAGCCGAGGUAAUAGGAUGAUUAUGAUUGCAUUUGCGUUCAUUUAAAGUGGGGGAAAUGACUGUGAAUGAUCAAACUGUGAGACUUGACCAAAACGAUGAGUUAGGCUUUUGUGCUGUUUAACAUGCUGGAUCCAAAAGGCUGGAGUGUGGUUGUCAUGGUGCAGAGGAAUAAAAAAUACUGAUUAUUUUGAUUUUUACCAAUGAAAGCCAUAAAGCUCAUAAGAUGACAAAGGCUUGUUUGUGUGUGAGGGGUGUGUACCAUGUUUGAGCACAGACCUUGAAAAGCAAAAGGGUUGUGUACACCUAAUAAAGAAUAAAAAACCUGAUUACUUA